AUGGUUGGCCAGAACGUGCUCAAAUGCGGAUCCGUGUACUUGAAGACAAUAACCCGCAACAGAAGAAAGAUUCCCGGCUUCAAAGACUGGCUGGACGAGUUUUUCAACAUAUCCGACACCCGUGUUUGCAAGUCGUUGAUAUUGUUCAUGAGGAAGUCGGUUGGAGAAAUUAACAGAAUGUACGCUGUUCUCUUCAAGUUCAAAGUCUUGGUGGACAUUUCAGAGUCGUUCCAGUUAAACAGAGUGGACGACCCGUUGUACGGAACAAGUCUCGAUAUCAACUCAUCCACCUUCUCCUUAUCCUGUUUGAUCCAGCUGUACAUGAUCUUGUUCCAGCGUGGAUUAAUGGCCGAGUCGAAAAACUUGGAAUCCAUCAAGAUAUCCGAACACAGACCCUUCCAUAGCUUCAGGUUCGAGCACUGGUUCAUUCCCGAAAGAGCCUCGAUCAGGUCAAUCACAUAG